AUUGUAAAUUUGUAUUAUCAAUAUCAAUUGAAUUCGUAUAUCCGUGCGUAUCAUCGUUCUCGAAAAGAUAACAAACAAUAUUUACACUUGGAAACAAAGCUAUGACUUCAAACUGCCGUUAUAGCGAUGUUCAACAGCUGAACCAAUAAUUUGACGCCCCAUUAUUGAAGAAACAACACAAAACCACCAAUGGCGGAGACCCUCAGCCCGCUGUCGCCCAGCACGAACCGCGGGCCCCGCGGGUUCAUGGGCUCGCUGCGCGCGCGGCUCGGUCGCACCCCUGCCACAAGAUCUGCCGGAGAAGGGUAUGUGGAAUUCGGAGAGUUCCGGUCGGAGCGGCCCGGUAUCAAGAAGGUGGGAACCUUCGCUGGAGUCUUCUGUCCCGUCGUGUUGUCCAUGUUCAGUGCUCUGGUCUUCAUCAGAAUGGGGUACCUGGUCGGCAACGCGGGUCUCCUGGUGACCUUGGCGCAGUUCCUCCUGGCUUACCUGAUCGUGGUGUUCACCGUGACCUCCAUAUGCGCCAUCUCCACCAACGGCGCCGUGGAGGGGGGAGGGGUCUACUUUAUGAUAAGUCGAACGUUAGGCCCCGAGUUCGGAGGCGCCAUUGGAACUCUAUUCUUCUUCGCUAACGUGGUCUCCAGCGCCCUCUGUAUCUCUGCUUGCACUGAAGCGCUGGUGGAGAACUUUGGACCCCAUGGAUACCUGAUCUCGGACAACCAGCCCGCGCUACCGGACGGCGACUGGUACCGGUUCCUGUACCGGUCGAUCCUCAACGCCAUAGGGUUGUGCGUCUCGCUCGCCGGGGCGUCGCUCUUCGCACGCACCAGUCUGGCAAUAUGGCUGACCAUGGUCGUGUGUUUGGGGAGUGCUAUGCUGAGUUUCUUCAUAACGGCUCCGGCACUGAUCGAGCGCCCCGAAUCCAACACACUAACCAACGUGACCUACUUCAACUACACCGGUCUCAGCAGCGCCACUCUACUUGCCAACUUGUACCCGAGAUACGGACGGGAUUACUCCACCACGGACGGGGGGUUUGCUGACUUCGCUUCUGUGUUCGGUGUACUGUUUACUGGCGUUACUGGAGUUAUGGCUGGGGCUAACAUGAGUGGUGAGCUGAAGAACCCGGCCAGCAGCAUCCCCCGAGGAACGCUGGCGGCGCUGCUGUUCACGGCGCUGUCGUACGCCGCGCUGUCGGUGCUGACGGCCGCCACGUGCAGCCGCGAGCUGCUGCAGAACAACUACGUGUAUCUGCUGCCUGUCAACAUCUGGCCGCCGUUCAUUUCUGUUGGUAUGUUGAUGGCGACAUUUUCCGCUGGCUUGUCUAACCUGAUCGGAGCGUCACGGGUACUGGAGGCGCUCGCUAAGGACAAUAUUUAUGGUUUCCUCCUCCGCCCCAUGGUGUCCCACUCCGGGAACCCCGUGCUCGCCGUCAUAGCGUCCUGGCUGCUAGUUCAAAUAGCCAUAGUGACCGGGUCACUCAACGCUAUAGCCCAGAUCAACUCUGUCUUGUUCAUGACUAGCUACUUCGCUAUUAACUUGGCGUGUUUGGGACUGGAUUUAGCUGGUGCGCCUAACUUCAGGCCGUCUUUCAAACACUUCUCGUGGCACACCUGCCUGGCCGGUCUACUGGGCUGCGCGGGAGUAAUGUUCGCGUUACGUCCCGCGCACGCCAGUGGCGCCGCCUUGGCCUGCGCGGCGCUGGUGUUGACGUUACAUGCACUAUCGCCUGCCGCGGCGUCGCCUGCUUGGGGCAGUCUUAGUCAAGCGCUUAUUUUUCACCAGGUCCGCAAGUACCUGCUCCUGCUAGACCCUCGCCGCGAGCACGUCAAGUUCUGGCGGCCGCAGAUGCUGCUACUGAUCGCCUCGCCGAGACAGCAGGCGCCGCUCAUAGACUUCGUUAAUGACCAGAAAAAGGGCGGCCUAUUCGUCCUGGGCCACGUUCGAGUCGGCGAGCUAGACGGCAGCGGCGAUCCUCUGGCAGAAGAACACAAAUAUUGGCUUCAGCUCAUUGAUCACCUCAAGGUGAAAGCAUUCGUAGAGCUGUGCCUAGCGCCCUCUGUGCGCAGCGGGGCGGCGCAACUGACUCGCCUCGCCGGACUCGGAGCCAUGAAGCCAGACACAGUGCUGCUAGGGUUCAGAGACCAGGCGCCUCCGAGGGACUUCUUCAGGGACCCCAACUCCCCAUACAAAACGGAGCAGUUCGACACGGAAACCGGGGACGUGUUCCCUCUCCGCGGCGCUGACUCGAAACUCAGCGCUCAUGAAUACGUGAGGGUCGUCGCUGACGUGCUCAGCGUCAACAAGAACGUGGGGCUGUGCAGGCACUUCCAUAAGCUGGACAUGGCGGCUGUUGAACGGAAGUCAGCAGCGCUGAAAUACAUUGACGUAUGGCUCGUAGAGCCUCUAGCAGCGCACGGGUGUUUCACAGUGCGGGCAUUGUUCGCGUUGCAACUCAGCGCCGUUGUGCGCUCAGCGCGUGGUUGGAGACACUUGCAGUUAAGAGUUUUUACCAAACCAGAGCCUGAACAAGGUGUAUUAGAAGCGGGUAGAACGUUACCAGUAAGCGAAGACGCGUCUCUAGACCCCAGUAUAGUGAACCUAGCACCAGGCAGACCGGUGCAGGAGCGACUCCAGCACCUCCUGCGACUGCUGCGUAUUAACGCCACGGCGCAUGUGAUAUCGGAGUGGCCGGCGCCGGACGAGACGAGCCGGUGGAUGGCCGACAACUCGGACCACUCCAUAUACCAAAGAGUGCCACUUACUUACCUGCAGAAGGUGAACAGUAUAAUCAGGAGUCGAAGCGGCAGUGAGACGGCAGUGACUUUCCUUCAACUGCCCGAGCCACCGCGGCUCACCGCCGAGCUAACUGACGCUGAUAAAUACAUCUGCGGACAAUAUCUACAGGUUCUAGACGAAUUCACUAAAGAGCUCUCCCCGACGAUACUGGUGCGAGGGCUGAAGCCAGUCACCUCCACGGCUCUUUAAAUAUAGGACAUAAGUUAUAUAAUAUAUCGAAAUGAGAGUAUAAGCGAAGAUAAUUGUUUGUAUUAGAUGUGUUAAGUCUAAGACAAAGUUAUAAUUCGAAUUUGACAUUAUGCGGUAAUUCUGUUAGGUAAAGCCUGACCAUUAAUAUAUGAUCAUGCGCCAUGUUGCGGAAUUUCAUUGGAACUAAUUUCUUACACUGGCAAUAAUUUUAAUGAUAGGUUGUCACUGUUGUCAGUGUCAUUGUGGCGGUUUACUUGAAUAAUACUUAAGGCGAUGGUAGCGGUGGGUAAAAUUUCAGAUUCUGUCAAUUUACCCCAUUUCACACACAAGCGCACUUCACGCACACUACCUCACUUUACUGGGACAGGUCAGUGACCCAUCAUGUUUUUUUUAAGAUUGGACUUUUAGUUUAGUAUUGACCACUAGCCUCCUUUGAGGGUAAAAGCGUUCCAUUGAAAGAUGAAAGAGAAACAAUGCAUUUAAUCUUGCUUUCCUUGUCUGUUCAUGUCACACGUGACGUACUUACCUAUUUAAUUAAUUUGAUUGUUGACUGUUUUACUACCUAAUAUUGCUUUGUCGAGAUACGCGUUUUGUACAAUUAAAGCGAAUAAAACAAGAUGUCAUUAAGUCAGAUGUAAAAUGUUAUUUACUACUCUAUACGGUUUUUCAUAAGGUGCAAAAUCCAUUCAAUAGGAAUUUAAAUAAAUAAAGUUUCAGCAGGGUGGCAAUUCCAUUUUGGCGGAUAAAGCGAAACAGAAUAGUUCUAUCGAACCUGCUUACAAAUUUUCACGAGAAUCAGUUGAGAAAUGUGAUCUGCAAAGGAGAACAUACGAAAGCAUUUUUGCCCAAGCUGAAACGGAGACCUUUGCUAACGCUCGGCCAAUGAUGGUUUAGGUACACCUAUAAAAAAUGGUUGUCCCUGCUGUAAUUUUAAUAUCUUUAUAUUUCAACGGUAUAGUUUUGCCUUCAAAAAUAAUCGGUAUCGCUAAACAAUAGCGGUAUACCUUACUACUUAUACGUUCACGAAAUCGGUAUUUGCAUAACUUGAUUGUUAGUAAACUAACCUGAAAAAUAAUCUCAAAAUCACCGAAACAUUUAUGUACAGUCACCUGCAAUAAUAUGUUACGUCAUUAGC